UUCAUUCUGAAUUGUACUGGAAGUGAAUCCAGUACAAUUAACAAUUUUUUGUGCCAAGAAAAUGAGUGAAACCAGUGAAACGGGUACCAGCGACAAAUUCAAAAUCGGAAUAAGCAUCUGGCUAUCGUUUUGCUUAUUCGUGUGCUUGUGGUUUUUAAGCCGCUUCAUGACAGGCCGAAGACAGCUCAAGAACAACCUCCACGUGAUCGAAGACGGCCUGAAACGGAUGCAGGAAGAAAUCGAGAAAAGGCAGCGAGAAAACAGCAUCGGCUACGGCGAGAACUUAGAAGAUCUAAUGGAAGAACUGCUCAAGAAAGACAAAGAAGAAACGACCGAGGAGCAGAAGGACAAGGAGGCCAAUCCCGAGGGAGAGGAAAAACGGGCGAACGAAGAAGCGUCGGAAUCGGAGGAAGCGGAGCUUCUGGUUGCGGACAAGAAAAACGACUAGGUUUAGUUGUGGUGAUAUUCCUAUCAGGUUUUGACUUUUCGUGUAGACACAAUCACGGGCGGAGCCCUUUAGGUUUCUAUAAACGUCUGUUUUGAGGCGGUUCUAGUUGUUCAUUGUUACAAAUGUGAAUGUACAAAUUUGAUGAUAUAUAGGCAGGGGUUUAUUUUUGUGUGAGG